AUGGUGGACGGAGAGAAGGAGGGCGGAGGGGGCGAGGGACGGUGCGCAGUGAGACCGGAAUGCAGAUGCGGGCGAACUCCUGGAGGACGAGAUACUGGGAAGGAAGAGGCGGAGAAUUCUCAGGAAUUGAAAAGUCCAGAACUAAAAUUCAAGUCUAAAGCCCGAAAGAGGAACUGGGAGCCGCCGAGUGAAUUUGGCGGCAACUGGGCACAGCGCGCGCGGCUCGUGAGCAGCCCUUACACGAAAACAGGAGAGCCUGGCAGACCCGAGUCUUUAUAA